AUGUCCGCAACAACAACCCUCCACGCGCGGCCCUCCUCCUCCGCCCUCUCGACCAACCCUCCCCUGAAGACCCCCGGCAUCACCAUGGACCCGGACUCCAGCUCGAGCUCUCCCCAAUCGACCUCCCUGCGCCAACCCUCGCCCUCCCCGAACCAACGGCUCCGGCCCCCGACCCGCCGCCACACCAGCACCAUCGACGACCUCAUCAGCAAGCCCCUCGACAUCGAGAAGCACCGGAAGAUGCCCUACUUCCUCCGCAUGAGAGGGAGCAUCACACCGCGGAUGAUCGUCCCCCUCGUCUUCGUCGCGAUCUGGUCGACCAUCAUAACGUGCAUAUCGCAAUUCUGGUACCAGCUCGUGGUAUCCAGCCUGCUGCUUACCGUGCUCGGUUUCGUCGUCGGGCUGGGGAUCUCCUUCCGCACCUCCAGCGCCUACGAGCGCUACGUCGAAGGCCGCAAGUACUGGGCGCAGCUGAUCCAGACGUCUCGGGACCUGGCCCGGCACAUCUGGAUCCACGCCGAGGAGCGGCAUGACCGGAGCCCCGAGGCGGGAAAAGCCGAUCUGCUGGCCAAACUGACCGCCCUGAGCCUCAUCAACGCCUUCGCCGUCUCGCUCAAACGCCGACUCCGGUUCGAGCCCUACGCCAACUACGACGACCUGGCGCCGCUCGUGGGCAACCUGUCCACCUUCGCGGGUGCAGCAUCCGACGCGCACGCAGUCGAAGAACCCGACCGGACCUUUCUGAAAGCCAUCGGUUCCUACCUCGGGCUCGAGUUCCUCGAGUCGAAUCCGCGGAAACACAUCAAGCGCGCGGACAAGGACGGCAAGAAACUCGGCAACCUCCCGCUCGAAGUGCUGCACUACCUGUCCGCGUACGUGGAAUCCAUCAUAGCGAACGGGACCCUCCCCAACGGGGUGCACCAGGGCAUGAUGAUGGCGAACCUGGCCUCACUCAACGAGGUGCUCGCCGGCACGGAGCGCGUUGUCAACACACCCCUCCCGGUCGCGUACUCCAUCGCCAUCAGUCAAAUCACCUGGACCUACGUCAUCGCGCUGCCCUUCCAACUCUGGGACUCACUGCGCUGGGUCACGAUCCCCGGAACGGUCGUAGGCGCCUACAUAAUCCUGGGCAUCGCCGCCAUCGGCCGAGAGAUCGAAGACCCCUUCGGCUACGACGAAAAUGAUCUCCCGCUAGACAGGUACUGCAAACAGAUUGAGGACGAGAUCAAUGUGAUAAGUUCCAAAGAGCCGCCGAAGCCGGAAGAUUUCAUCGCGACGGAAGGGAACCGGUUGAUGUAUUCACUGAGCUAUGGAGCGUGGAAUGCAAAGAGCACGGAAGAUAUACGGGCGACGUUGAGGGCGAAGGCGAAGACGAAGCCGAUGACGAGCUUUCCGCCGGUAUUGGCGGAGAAGGGUGCGCAGGAUGUCGUCUGA